CCAGACCAGUGCCCUUUGGUAGAGGCUGUUAAUGACUCAGAUUCUAUCUUUGUUCCAGCAGGAUCAGAUACUUAUUAUUCAGCCAACCUGUUUCCCCAGCUAACAGGCUGGAAUUGCAUCGAGACAGUACCCCGUUAUUAGGAGCCUAUAACGAGGCCAAUCUUACUCCUCCCCAAGUUAGAUUUGCCCGAUGCUAGAUUUUUUAAUCCUUGCAAUCCACCAGAAUCGACGAAAAGUACGGACAUUUUCAGCCUCGGGUCCAUUUACUAGACGAUAAUGGCUGGCCAUUGGCCCUACCGGCCUGCAGGUCCAUUCGAGUCUCUGGAGGAGAUGGAGAAAUACCAAGAACUGGUUGACGAUAUGUUUGCCUCCAAAAGGUGCCCGCCGGUUGACGGACUGGAAGCCGGAGUUGUGAUUCAACGAUGCUGGGCAGGAGAAUACUCUGAUUUGGGCGCACUGAUUGCAGACCAGUGUUGGCAGUUUGAGACUCUGAUGCGGUGAGAAAGAAUGACACAAAUUUCAAUGAAAUCGUGAUGUGUGCGGUUAUACUGAACCAAAUAAAAUGCCAUCUGAACUAGUGUGUCAUAAUCAAUGGCCCUUCAAUGCCCCUUCGAGAGGAGCCC